ACUAAAGCGGAAGUAGGCGGGAGGGAACCAUCCCGACAUCAAAGACGAACCCCGACGUGACCCGGAAGUAGAAUCCUCGGGUCACUUCAGCAACAACGUGCACCCAUGUGUUUCAGAGAGCCGCAUUAAAACCGACUAGCAGACAUCAUGACAUCGUUGGCUCACCAGCUGAAGAGACUCGCGCUCCCCCAGAACGACCCCAACCUCCUGACCCGCAGAGAAGUCGCCUCCUUCCUGUUUGACCCCAAAGAUGCUGCGUCCAUGGACAGGAGCACCUUUUACGCCCUGGGCUGCACGGGGCUGGAGGAGCUGCUCGGGAUCGAACCGGCGUUCCUGGAGUUCCAGGACACCUUGUUCAGCCAGGACUCGAUGACUCUGGAACGUGGCGUCCAGUCCGCGGAGGUCAACAAGAAGCUGGACGCCGGCAUCUCGCUCUUCCUCACCCGCCUCUGCCCCUACCUCCUCCUCAAACCUUCCCACAAGUGCAUCGAGUGGCUGGUUCACCGUUUCCACGUCCAGCUGUAUAACCCGGACAGCCUGCUGGCCUGUGCGCUGCCGUAUCACGACACCAACGUGUUCGUCCGAGUCCUGCAGCUCCUGAAGAUCAAAGACGCCACGAGCCGAUGGAACUGGCUGCAGUGUCUGCAGAAACCAGGCGUCCCGCUGUCCAGAGGAACCCUGAUCACUCACUGCUACACAGACCUGGGCUUCAUGGACUUUAUCUGCACCUUAGUGACCAGAUCCAUCGAGGCUUAUUCUGGACACUCAGGAAGUUGCUCUCAGCUCAGAGUGAUCUUCUCCUUCUACGCGUCCACCAUCGUCCCGGCUCUGGACGCCGUGGACAACGUCUCCGACACCAUCAUCUCCAAACUGCUGCCAUACGUCCAGAGGGGUCUCAAGUCGUCCCUGACCGACUACAAAGCCGCCACCUACAUGAUCGUGUGCCAGCUGGCGGUGAAGGUGGUGAUGGAGGCCGGUCUGGUCGACAGCCUCACGGUUCUCAUCAGCAAGUCUCUGGUCAAAGAACCGGUUCUGGCCCAGGAGGGUCUGGGCUGCCUCAUCGUGCUGCUCCAGAACCAGAAGGAGGGCGCUGCAGGACCCAGAGCUGUGGUCCGUCUCUGCUCCAUGCCGGUCCUGGUGUCCACGCUGCAGGCUAUGUCCUUGGUCCACGACGUCAGUCCUCUGCUGCGGUACCUGCUGCCUCACCUCGUCCACAGCGUCUUCACCGGGCCCUCAGGUGAGACCGAAGACGUCUGGACACUGAAAACGUCUUUUUAUAAGAUCAGAGUUCACCUGACGUUCUCAUUCACAGGAGACACGGACGAACUCGGAGCGUUUGAAUCCAUCCUCAAGUCUGUCCCCCUGAACAAAGACCUGGACCGAACCGUGGCUCGGUUGAUGCUAGACGAGUAUCUGAGUCAAACUGAGACGUCUGAUGAAGACAUGUCCGUCCUCGACCAGCGUCUGAUGCCUCUGGUUCGUCUGAUGGAGUCCAGAUACUGUGGAGCUCUGGACGCCGUCCUCUCAGGACACGUCAUCGACAUCAGGGACACGGACCAGAAACGUCUGUUCCACCAGUUCCUGUCUCUGUCCAUGAGCGUUGGGAAGUAUCAGAUUUUGGGCGACUCGGGAACGUCUCUGCUCCUCAGCCUGAAACACCCGCAGCCUUCGGUCCGAGUCUCGGCCGUGGACCAUCUGUUGAGCAACAUCACGUCUGGACAGCAGCAGAGCGUGGACGACGCGUUCCUGAAGGACGCCGUCAUGGACCGAUUGUUGGACGACGUCCCCGAGGUCGUGGCCGCCGCUCUGAGAGUGCUGCAGGCGUUGCUGGACGUCCUGGACCCUGAGGACGUCGUGUCGUCUUUACUGUCUCUGCUGAACAGAGUCAACGCGUCGGAGGCUGAGAACUGGUUGCCCGUGGUGACGGAGGCGAUGCGUUUACUGUCUGACCCCCGGCUGGGAAAAGACGGCGCGCUGGUGCAGAAGACGGGAUGGAGGCUGCUGCCCUUCCUGGUGAUCACGCCGACCCUGCUGGACCUGUCGCGCUGCGUCGCCCGGUCCUCCAUCCUCCAACACCACCCGCUCACCCUGAACUGGGCCCAAGAGCUGGACCAGCUGAUGAAGAGGAGCUCGGACCCAGACUUCGUCGGUGUCGCCAACCAGCGCCUCGUCUCCACGUUGACCAAGAACCUGGCCAACAUGGAGCACUUCUCCAAACGGGACGCUCUGGAGAAGCUGGUUCUCCUGGUGGAGCAGCAUCGCGGCUCCGGCCUCCGAGAGCGCGGCUCCUUCCUGGUUCUGACCCAGACUCUGCUGCUCAGCCUGGGCGAGCUCAGCGAGACCCAGCACCUGCUCACGGCCCAGAGGGUGUUCACGGCCAUGGAGCCCCACCUGGUGGACAUCACGGGGAACUGCAGCGUCCAGGAAGCUGACGGACCCGUCCCAGCCUCCUCCUCCUCCUCCUCCUCCUCCUCCUCCUCCUCCUUCGUUGAAGUCCUGACUCUGUACCUGAGCAGGUGUGUUGAGCAUCCAGGUGAACGGCUGCAGACGGAGUUCAGCUUCGUCCUCAUCGCUCUGCUCAGAGACUUCAUCUCUGCUCUCAGGUGCCACGACGCCUCCUUCAAAGCUGAGGUUUGGUGGAACCCAGAGAAGCUGGACACCAACACCUGCUGCUACCUGGGGCUGAUGUGCCGCCUCUUCAGCAUCUUCGUGAGCGGCGCCGCGGACGGGCCGGCAUCUGGGAGCUUCAGAGAUCUGAUGAAGCUGCUGGUCCAGGUGCACCUGCCUGAGCCGGUGAUGCUCUUCAGGUUCCUGUGCCUGCUGUGGGGAUACGGCGGUAACCACGGCGACCAGCUGGACGUGAAGCUGAGCGCCGUCCUCCAGACUCAGGCUCUGUACAUGGGCCGAGCUCUGCUGGGCGUCCAACCCGCCGCCACGCUGGAGCAGCUGGCCUCCGCCCACUCGCCAGUGGUCCCGUCCCUGCUGUGCUGCCUCAGCUCUCCGGUGCGUGAGGUGCGUAGGGCCGCCCUCGCCGCCCUGCACAGCCUAUCAGGAGCCAGCGCCUCCCCCUUCCAGCCAAUCACAGAGAAGCUGCUGAGGACGUCGGAGGAGAUCGUCGCCGACCCGUCGUACCUGAGCACGGCUCUGGGUGUUUUCCACGACGAAGCGAAUCAGCAGAAGAAGAAGAAGCUGCAGACGUCGAUGCAGCAGCUGCUGCAGAGCGUCCAGACGCCAUGUUGUCCAUCGUACAGCGCCGCCGCCCUGAUGAGAGCGCUGAGCCUCGUCCGUGGUCGGUCCGUCCUCUCCGCCCUCCUCCCCGUCCUGGACCGGCUCCUGGAGCAGAGCGGCCCCGACACCCCGGCUCUGCUGCGGGACGAGGCCCAGCUCAUGAGGCUGGUCCUGGGGAAGUACGACGAGGAGUCGGCCCCCCUGCUGGUCCAGGACCAGACCUGCCUGGACCUGUUCGUCAGGGCCCUGAGGACGUCGACCCGGCAGCAUCCCGACAUCCCCAGCUGUCAGAUCAUGGCUCUGGAGCAGAUCACGAAGCCGUUCUUCUCGGCGCUCGGAGACGAGAAGAUUCAGCAGAAGCUGCUGUCGCUGAUGUUCGACCUGCUGGUGGAAAGCAGGAAUCCUCUGGUGGCCAACACCAUCAGCAGCGUCUUCAAAGCGAUUGCCAUCGACGCUCAGCUGGUCGCCAACGAACUCGCACCUCCAGAAAAACCCAAAGUCUUGGUGACGGUGCAGCAAACUCGCCGAAGCAAAAUGGCACAAAGGAAACCUCAGGACAGUGGCAACGCGUGUCCAGAGGGGGGCGCUGUGUCCUGGCAGAGAGUCACUCUGAUCCUGGAGCUGCUGCAGCACAAGAAGAAGCUGAAGAGAGCCCAGAUGUUGGUGCCGGUUCUUUUCUCUCUACUCGCCAGGAGUCUGGAUCCUAGUUCAGGAGAACACACCAACAUGGAGUACACCAAGCAGCUGCUGCUCAGCUGUCUGCUCAACAUCUGCCACCGGCUGUCACCUGACGGAGGACCAGUGGCUGCAGACGUCCUGGAUGAAGAUAAGUUCAGUGUGGAGUUGGUGGUUCAGUGCAUCAGAGCGUCAGAGAUGCCUCAGACUCACCACCACGCUCUGCUGCUCCUCGGCACCGUCGCCUCCAUCUUCCCUGAGAAAGUGCUUCACAACAUCAUGCCCAUCUUCACCUUCAUGGGAGCAAACAUCAUGCGUCUGGACGACUCCUACAGCUUCCGGGUCAUCGACAAGACGGUUCAGAUGGUCAUACCUGCCCUGAUCAAGGCCCACCAGCUCUCGGACGGCGGCUCUUCUUCUCACGUGGUCGCCGUGGUGACGAGGAUCGUGCACGUGUUCGCCGACGCUCUGCCUCACGUGCCCGACCACCGCCGGCUUCCCGUCCUCGGUCAGCUGAUGACCACGCUGGGCCCCGCCCACUUCCUCUGGAUCCUCAUGCUCAUCCUGUUCAAGCUUCACGCCACGCAGACGUCCGGCUCCGCCAGCGAGAAGGAUGCAGCUCUGGACAAAGACGUGGACUUCUGGGUUUCUCUGUGCUGCCAGUUCGACGUUAGUGACCAGCUCACCUCCAUCAUCAACAUCAUGAACUUCCUGCUGCAGCUGCCGGACGACAAAGACGACGCUCCAGUGAAGCGAAGCGUCGGCCGACGAGGACAGAAGAAGAAGAAGGAGGAUGAGGAGGAGGAGGAGGAGAAGCUGAUCUUCGACGUGGAGGCUCACAGCAGCAAAGAGCUGCGACACUUUAAGUUCCUGUCGGUCUCGUUCGUGGCUCAGCUGCUCGGUUCGGCCAGUUUCAUCUCAAAGGUUGCAGACGGCGGCGACAGUGAUGACGUUUCUCUUCAGCCGCUGCAGCAGAGGCUGCUGGAGGAGAUCCUGCGCUACAUCCACAAUGUGGCCCGUUGUGUGGAGGCCAACGCUGAAAAACCCACGGCCAAGUUCUGGAGAGUUCUGCUCAACAAGUCCUACGACGUCCUGGAUAAGGUGAACGCGCUGUUGCCCACGGACACGUUCAUCACGGUGAUGAGGGGGCUGAUGGGUAAUCAGCUGGCGUCGGUGAGGAGAAAGGCCAUGGAGCUGUUAAACAACAAACUGCUGCACAGGACGCACUGGGACGAGGAGCAGGUCACCGUGCUCUUGCAGCUAACCGGCGACCUGCUGAGCAUCGUGGGUAAAUGCCGCGGCAAGGUGACGGAGGAGGAGGCGGAGCAGGCCAUCAACCGACAGACGGCGCUCUACAGCCUCAAGCUGCUGUGCCGCAGCUUUGGCUCCGCCCACCAGGAGGCGUUUGUGCCGGUGCUGCUGCAGACGGUGGAGAUCGUGUCGACGCCGGCGGAGGAGAAGAACGUGAUGGGCAGCGCCCUGAUCUGCAUCGCCGAGGUGGUGGGGACGCUGAAGACGCUCGCCAUCCCUCAGCUACCACGGCUGAUGCCCGCGGUGCUGCAGACGCUCUCUGACAGGAAGGAGCUGUUGACCAAUGAGAUCUACCUGCUGAGCGCCGUCACCGCGCUGCAGAGAGUCGCCGAGACGCUGCCGCACUUCAUCAGCCCGUACCUGCAGGACACCGCGGCCCAGGUGUGUCGGCUCACGCGGCUGGUAGAGACCUCCUCCUCCUCCUCCUCCUCCUCCUCCUCCUCCUCCUCCUCCAACCAGCUCUCCCUACGUCUGGCCUCCCUGAGGAGCACCUUAGCCACCAAGCUGCCCCCCAGGGUCCUACUGCCCACCCUCACCAGGUGCUACAGCAACAUGGUCGUCAAUAAGAAGGACCAGCUGGGGGCGCUGAUGAGCAUCCUGAAGGAUCACAUCAGUCACAUGGAGAAGGAGCAGCUGAGCGUCCACCAAUCAGAGCUCACCUCCUUCUUCCUCACGGCGCUGGACUUCCGGUCCGAACACGGCCAGGGCGACCUGGAGAGGACGGCGCAGAUCGAGGGCGGAGUCAUCGAGUGUCUCAUCGCCAUGGUGAUGAAGCUGUCGGAGGUCACGUUCAGGCCGCUCUUCUUCAAGCUGUUGGACUGGAGCAAAUCCGACAGUAAAGAUCGUCUCCUGACCUUCUACCGUCUCUCCGACCGGAUCGCUGAGCGUCUCAAAGGACUGUUCGUCCUCUUCGCUGGAAACCUGGUGAAACCCGUCUCUGACCUGCUGAGACAAACCAGCUCCAGCUCAGACGUCGUCCUGUUGGACAGUGAGGAGAAGACGUGUCUCCUGCUUGGUUUCGUCCUGGACUGUCUCCAGAAGAUCUUCCUGUACGACUCCCAGCGUUUCCUGAGCGCAGAGCGAGCGGACGCCCUCCUCACGCCGCUGGUCGACCAGCUGGAGAACCUGAUGGGAGGGGACCAGGUCUACCAGGAGAGGGUGACCCAGCACCUGGUUCCCUGCGUGGGUCAGUUCUCGGUGGGACUGGCCGAGGACUCGCUCUGGAAAACCCUCAACUACCAGAUCCUCCUGAAGACCAGACACCCCAACGCCAAGGUGCGUUUCUCGGCUCUGCUCGUGUUGGUGGAAGUGGCGUCGAAGCUGAAGGAAAACUACAUGGUGCUGCUUCCAGAAACGAUCCCGUUCCUGGCGGAGCUGAUGGAGGAUGAGUGUGAGGAGGUGGAGCAGCAGGUCCAGAAGGUGGUGCAGGAGAUGGAGAACAUCCUGGGAGAACCGCUGCAGAGCUACUUCUGAUCCAGACCCGAUCCAGACCCGAUCCAGACCCGAUCCAGACCAGAUCCAGACCCGAUCCAGACCAGAUCCAGAUCCUUCAGGACACGUUUGUAGUAAAAUACAUAAAAUACAAUAAAAAUAAAUAAAUGCUGAA